AUGUCGUCCGCGAUACCGAUCCCGAUGACGACGACGCCGCAGCACCGGUCGAGUCGUCCCAACGCAGAAGAGGAAGAAGAAGAAGAGCUGGCCGCUUCGCCGGAUUCUUCGUUGGGACCCACGCCGCCGAGUCGUAGCAGUUUGAAGAGUAGUAGUAAUAAUAGUAGUAAUAAGGGAAAGGGAAGAGCGAGGGAUGUUCGAGAAGGUUCGGGUACGCCGACGACUCCUCCUCCUGCUUCGCGGUCGGAGUGGUCGGAGUGGUCGGAGUGGGAAUUGAGUCCGAGGAGGCCGUCUUUGUUAGGUGCGUGUCGUCAGAGGAGGAAAGGAUACCAGCAGUUAAAACCUUUGUUGCGAGUCACAUGGAGCUAACGAUGAUUUGAUGGGAUGGCACGCCAGGCUCUUCACUGUCCCAGUCGUCUUAUACCGUCGUCAAUUUGAGUGGAGGAGGAGCUUAUUCUUCGAGCGAGGGACCGACGAGAUUGGUAAAAUCCCCCCUUUCCCCUCCCCUCCCACCCAAAAGACAACCAUGUAAUGUAAUGUCGUUACUUACUUACUGAAUAUAUGCAUUUUUUCAGGUAACCUGCAUCAAAUCCUCGCAAGGGUUCGACUGGAACCAAGAACUCUUCCUGCCCGCGUCGUAUGCGACGUCCGACUACGAUUCCCUGGAGCUGCAACACCGACCGGACCCCGUGCGGGAGAUCCGGUUGACGGAGGAGGAGGCCGAGGCGAUUCUGCCGCAGCAGUGA